AUGGCUGAAGUGUUGGCUGUCUUCGCUGCGAUCCAAGCUACCACUCAACUCGUGGAGCAAGCCUUCCGAAUUGUUGAUCGGCUCCGCAAGGCGCAUAGUCGCCAGAAAGCUCUUGCUGAUGUCUUGAAUCGACACCGUGGCGAACUAGAGAGUAUCAAGGCCAUCAUCGGUAUCAUAGACGAUGAGGAAGAUCUGCAAAUCCCGACUGUCGCUACAGAGCUAGUCCGACUGCAAGGCGUUCAAAACAAGCUGGCUGCAUUGCUUGAGACCCUGGAUCCGAAGAUGACAAGCAAAAUGAACCAGAUUGCACGCCAGCUCGUGUAUGGCUCCGCAGAUGAGAAGAAGCUGAGUGCCAUCAUGGAUGAGCUAGUCCAAGUGAAGACCAUGCUUGUAUUGCGGAUCCAAGUCGCCCACGUUGGAGUGAUACGCACCAUAGGGAAAGAAGCCGUGGUCAAUGCGGAAGCUAUACAGCGAAUCGAUGAGUAUCUGAGGGAACACGUCCAUAACUGUGAGGGCCUCCGGAUUGCGAGAUUACUGAAAGGUCGACGUCCGUCAAAUGAUGGCACUGUGCCGUUGACCCUUGCGGACCUUAAAGCUCUCAACAACGAAGGCAAUGGCGAGGGCGAAGAUAGCGGAGACGAGACGCUCGUUGAUGAUUCUGAGACGUCGCCACGAGAUUUCCCGGUCAGGACCGAGCGCAUCAUCACACGCAACGUAGUGCGCAAUCAGGCUCUUCAGAUCAAUGCUGCGCUCGAAAAGGACAUGUGGAAAGACGUGAAUCGUCUCAAGAUCCAGGAUAAUUUAGCUGAGGACCAGAGUCUGCAGGUCAACUACGCCAUCUCACAAGAGAUACUAUCCAUGUUUCUCGAGCGACAGGAUAAGAACAUAGCAGCGCCGCAACAAAAACAAGUAAGCGCGCGCGUCAAGAGCGCGUCGUAA